AUGCGUGUGCACCAGUGGUCACGCUGCAGUGACCACCGCUGCAGGGCCGGUCUGCGAGCCCGCCAGCAACAGCUACUACUGCAGCAGCAGCCCCUGCGGGCAGCAGGGGCUGCUGCGCUGCACAGACUUGGCGGAGGGGGGGGUGGCCUGCGAGUGCAGCAAAGGCUUUUUGCUGGAGAGGGGGCAGGGGUCCACUCCCUUCCGCUGCAGACCAGUGGACCACUGCAGCAGGAACCCCUGCGGCUCCGCGGCCGUGGCCCGCAGCUGCGCCCGCACUGCAGCGGGAGGCUACUCCUGCGUUUGCCAGGACUCUGCGCAGCUGCUGCAGGGCGAAGACGGCCCUUACUGCCAGCAGCAGCAGCAGCAAAACGGGCUCUUCGUCUACUUUGCUGCUGCUGCUGCUGCUGCUGCUGCUGCUCUCCUCGGAGUCGCAGUCUGGUGGCUCGCCUUCAAAGACGGGCCCAACGCCCAACAGGAAUACGACUACACAGCAGCAGCUUUCCUCUCCGCCAGCGGCCAGCAACUCGCCACCUAACCACCAACAGCUAG